CAGAGUUGGAUUGUUAUUCCUGAAAAUGGGAGAUACUCCUGAAAGCGAGGUUCCGGCAAGCUGGAUGGGAUGUAGUAUUUAUCAAAACUAUACAGCUAGUGAGGUUUUAGUACAGGGUUUAGCUGGAGUGAUAAACCAGAAGGAUGUUGAACUGAUUGUCCGAGCUCAGAAGAAAAUGUUGCAGAGAUUCGAGAAAACAAACGAGAUGCUGACCAACGUAAACAGUCUCUCCGCCACGAGGCUGGAGAAGGCUCAGAAUGAUUUCAAGAAGCACACCCAGACGGUUCAGGAGAUGAAGAAGGACUUGGAUAAUAUAUUCCGAAGGAUUAGAAAUAUUAAAACUAAAGUUGCGGCACAGAUGCCGGCAGCUUACACCAUAGCAUCCAGUCAAGUUAAUCAAGUCAAAGUUGAGGAAGGGAAAGAGGAAGAUGAUGAAUACGAUGUAAUGAUCAGAGAACGUAAACUCAAGGAGCAAGGAAGUUCUAGUCAAUGAUCGCCAAAUAAACCAUUCCCAAGUUUUAUGUUAGAUUUUACAAUUUACAACUUUUCUUUUAGUUCUUUCAAUUCUUAUGUUACAGAAA